GAGUCGUUCGACGCGCGUUGAGCCGCCAUGCCGCCGCCGCCGCCGCCGCCAGAAUUCGCAAAAUUAGCGGCGCAACCUGAGAUGGAGCGCAGCGUGAGGGAGCUGUGGGCGGAGUCGCGCGAGCUGCUGGGCCUCCACUCCCCGGACGCCGUGCCGCGCGCCGACCUGCCCCCGACUCCGCUCGCCUUCCUCCGCGACCACGUCUCCCCGGGCCGCCCGCUCCUCGUCUCCGCCGCCGCCACCCGCCACUGGCCCGCCGCCUCGCUCUGGCCCACCGAAUCCUACCUCUCCGACGCGCUCCGCUCCACCGACGUCUCCGUCCACCUCACCCCCGACGGCCGCGCCGACGCCCUCGCCGCGCACCCGCGCCGCCCCGGCGCCAGGUGCUUCGCGUCGGCGCACGUCCGCCGGGUGGACUUCCCCGCCGCCGUGCGGCUUAUCAGGGACUCCGACCCGGAGGCCGGCCUGGUCGCCUACGCGCAGCAGCAGGACGACUGCCUGCGCGGGGAGUACGCGGCGGUGGCCGGCGACGUGGACGCGCACGUGCCCUGGGCCAGCGAAGCGCUCGGCUGCCUCCCCGAGGCCGUCAACCUCUGGAUCGGCAACUCCUGCUCCGUCACCUCCUUCCACAAGGACCACUACGACAACAUCUACGUCGUCCUCUCCGGCGAGAAGCAUUUCCUCCUAUUGCCCCCCACCGAGCACCACCGCCUCCACGUCCGCGAGUACCCCGUCGCCGGCUACGCCCCGGUGAAGGAAGGGGAGGAGGUGCCGAAGCUCAAGCUGGAGAUGGAAGAGCCCGAGAGGGUCGUGCCGUGGAGCAGCGUGGACCCGUACCCGGCUUCGCCGGAGGAGAUGGCGGCGGAGGCCUCAUCCUGCCCGCUCUACUUCAAGGGGCCCAUGCCGAUUCGGUGCACCGUCCGCGCCGGCGAGAUGCUCUACUUGCCGAGCAUGUGGUUUCACCAUGUCAGCCAGAGCCCCGGCCCUAACGGGCUCACCAUUGCCGUCAACUACUGGUAUGACAUGCAGUUUGACAUCAAGUAUGCCUACUUUAACUUCCUGAGGUCACUGGAGAUCAAAGAUUCUCCAUUGGAGAACAAUGUUGAUGCUUUCGAAGGUGAGCUCGAAGAGAAAGACGAUUGAGCUCAUGGGUUGUGAUUGUAUUGGGAUUUCAGACGAUUCCGCAACAGCAGUAUAUGGCUCGGUUUUUCGUUGCCAUUAUCAAACGGUUCUUCAAGUUUUCGAAGUAGUUAUCUGGAGCAUGGAUCUGGAUUACUGGAGGUGUAUGUUAUACCUGAAUUUACCGGUGCCAUAUGCACGCCAGGAUUGGUGUAUGAGCAAAAGAAGAUUUUGGAGGGUGUUACACUUUAUUCAGAAAGGGCAGCAUGGAUUCUUCUUUCAUCCAAUGGCUUACAUUCUGCAGGUCUAGAAACGGCAGCUUGAGUAAAUUAUGUAUUAGACAUUUGAGUAGCAGAUGAAUCAGACAGAAGACAGCACAAAAUCAGUUGAUGAGCUAUUCCGACAGUGUUAGCUCUGGUGCUGAUAAUGUAAAGUUGCUACCAGUUCUGCAAUGGAUACAUACUUUCUUCACUUAAUUUGUUUGUAGAAAAACUCUGUUCGUACUAACAUGUGGUGUUGAAUUGAAAUGUACUUUCUUGAA